CGGGGCGGAGGCCGCGGCCUCGGCGAAUAGCAGCGCGCUCCCGGCGCGGAUUGGAGCAGCGGCAUCACGCUGACCUCGGCCUGGGAUGUAAAUCCCGCCAGCCGCUGCGGGUAGAAGAAGGCUCGCAGCAGCGCCGGGAAAGCCAUCCCAUCCCCGGCUCCGCGCGGUGGCCUACAUCUCGGCAGCGCCCAGCGGCAGGAGGAGCCCGGCGAGGGCGCGGGCGGGGAGCGCGCGUCGGAUCCCUCGGCGGCGAGAGAAGGGGCGGCGCGAGCCAUGGCCGGGGACAGCGAGCAGACCCUGCAGAACCACCAGCAGCCCAACGGCGGCGAGCCCUUCCUGAUCGGCGUCAGCGGGGGCACAGCCAGCGGCAAGUCUUCCGUUUGUGCUAAGAUUGUGCAGCUCCUGGGGCAGAACGAGGUGGACUAUCACCAGAAGCAGGUGGUCAUCCUGAGCCAGGAUAGCUUCUACCGCGUCCUCACUUCAGAGCAGAAGGCCAAAGCCCUGAAGGGCCAGUUCAACUUCGAUCACCCGGAUGCCUUUGACAAUGAACUCAUCUUGAAAACACUGAAGGAAAUCACUGAAGGGAAAACGGUCCAAAUCCCUGUGUAUGACUUUGUCUCCCAUUCGCGGAAGGAGGAGACGGUCACUGUCUACCCUGCAGAUGUGGUGCUCUUCGAAGGGAUCCUGGCCUUCUACUCCCAGGAGGUGCGAGACCUGUUCCAGAUGAAGCUCUUCGUGGAUACAGAUGCGGACACCCGACUGUCCCGAAGAGUAUUAAGGGACAUUAGUGAAAGAGGACGUGACCUGGAGCAGAUUUUGUCACAGUACAUCACAUUCGUCAAGCCUGCCUUUGAGGAGUUCUGCUUGCCAACAAAGAAGUACGCGGACGUGAUCAUUCCCAGAGGUGCAGAUAAUCUCGUGGCCAUCAACCUCAUCGUGCAGCACAUCCAGGACAUCCUCAAUGGGGGUCCAUCCAAGCGGCAGACCAACGGCUGCCUCAACGGAUACACACCCUCACGCAAGAGGCAGACUUCGGAGUCUGGCAGCCGGCCGCACUGACCCUGCCGGCUUGGAGGCGCGUGGAGCACCUGUACAUAACCGUUUCCUAGGACGUUGCUAUAUUUAAGAAGACACCAUGAAGAUGACAGUCUGUGGGGUUUUUCCCCCUUGCCCCUUUAUUCCUUUUUAUACUAUGGAACGGCGAAAUCAAACAGAACUUGAUCUUGACCUAAAGUGACAAGACUGUGCCAACUACUACUGGUGAUGCCUAAUUAUGACUCCACCGUGUAACCAGUUAUAAAUACAUAUUAUACAUAGAUAUAUAUAUAUAUAAAAGGAUCUAUUUUUGUGUAAAUGUACAAAUACUGUAAAGCUGUGUGCCGUAAGUAUUUUGCAGGGCCCGGAUUGAGUGUUGCGGCCCUGGUGCAGGAGUGACAUUGAGGGGACCCGGUGAGGUGUCUGGGGAGAGGAGGAUUGCGUGGAUGUCCCUUGCUCUUGGCACCUGUGGAGUUGGUAGCUGUGGGUUGAACCCCCAUUGCCUCCCCUGUCCCAUGCCACCUCCUUGCAGUUGGUGCUUGAUGUGUUGACGAGGGAGACCCUUGUCUUUUUUUGUUUUUUGGUUUUUUUUUUUUUGAGUUGAAAUUUAGGUGAGAUCUCAACUCAAAAUUCAAACUCAGGGAAGAGGCCACAGGGAGAGCAAGUCUUCUGUGUCCCUCCAUACCUUGCUAUCCUGCUUGGUCAGCUCCGUGGCUCCCUCCUCUCUCCACCCCUCUGCUUCUCCUUCCCUGGCUGGCCUUUUAGGGAAGAACUGGGGGAGGAGGGAGUGGAACCAGGCCUGCUCGAACGUCCUCUGGUCUCCCAGGGAAAAAGCUGAUCAGAGUCCUUGGCUUUCUCCUAUCUAAUGGAACAUAGUGUAGACCUUUGAUAGGGGGCAUCUGCUAAAUGGCCGCUGGCAGCAGCUCAGGUAGCAGAGAAGCUCUGGCCAGGCAGGGGACAGAGCUGUGGGUUCACAGUGGCUGGCGUGUGUUUUUCACCAGGGACUCUGAGGUCACCACAGGGCUGGGUGAUUGACAUAAUCACCGCACCACCAUGUGAAUAUGACUGUCAGGUGGGGGACAAGGCGUUGGUGCUGGGGGAAAGAAAACCUUUCUUAAAAGUAUUUUGAAGCAUGGGUCCCAAAAUGUCUUAAGAGGGUAACAUUUAAGGGUUUGAGGUGGAAACUUUGAGCCCUCUGGAGAGCUUCCUGUCAGUGGGAGCUUCCUGUGUGGAGGAAGCGGCUUCCUGACCUUCUGCCAGGAGUGUUGGAGGGGCUGGAGCGACAGAGGUGGCAGGGGAGAUCUGAUGGUAGAGUCCGUAGCCUCGGUGGUUGUCAUGUCGGUGGUGACUGUCUUAGUGUGUGGUAGCCCAUGGCUUUCGUUACUCCUGACAUUCUGGAGAGCCUUCUCAACCGUGUGACUCUUGAGCCUGUCUGAGCCACGCAGCUGUGACUCCAGUCCUGUCCCGUCACACUGAGCCCCCUCAGGCUCAGUGUACCAUCCGGUUUGAUUCCUUUUUUCUGGAUUCAAUUGGUCUCCAAACCUGUUUUUGCUAUUUCAGUAAAGUCAACGCCAGUCCUCAACUAGAACUUUGCCACCCUGAGCUGUGCAGGAGGCUGUGCCGCAGUCCUGGUGGCCGUUGGCAGGGACGGCACCAGUGGCAGGGACAGGUUCCUCCAGGGGGACAGUCAGUCUGGUGCUCAGUGAGACCGAGCAGCCCAUCCACUUCCUGUCAUGUGGAGAGCAGUUGUGAGAAGAAGGGGGUGCAGGCCUGGAUUAGCACCCUGGAGACACAGUGCCCUGGCCUUGCUGGGCCGUCUGUGCCGGGGACGCCUGCCUCAGUCUGGGGGCGCCUUGGCCUUCAGCGGGCUGCACGCUCCACUUUACUUGAAGCUCCCAGGUGCCAAACCAUUUAGUGCCUUGGCUGUCUGUCCCACUGCCUUGAAGGAGGGAUUCUUCUCAUCUCUGAGCCUUUACUCACUUAACUGCUUCCUCAUUUAUCUACUUGUGGUGUUGGGACCAAGCCCCCAGGAUCCCUGAGGAGCCUGCUCCUAGCCUGGGACACAGCUGUAGGGCGGCCUUAUCCCUGCUGCCUUGUGAAAUGAUCACCUGUUUUGGAGUCUCGGGAGUCUCGGCUGGGCACUGCGACACUGUCUGGGGAAGGGAAAAAAGGGACUGGAGGCUCUGCGCUUCUGCGACAACCCAUCACUGUAGCCACUGGUGUGUCUGCACUGCAGCUUUCUAGGACAGAGUCCUAGAGUGGGAGUCUUUAGGAAUCUGUGGGUCUCCGAUGCCACUAGCGUCGGGUGAGAUGAAGCCGUGAUGUUUGUCAUCAAGGCACUGCCGAGCAGGAAGGAGGCACCAGCACGCAGAGUGGGGCAGUGUUGACUGCUCCGUGUGGGGAACCCCUGGCUUCUGAGCCGCCCACCGGUGCUUGCUUCCCCCUCCUGGACCAAGUGUCUGGGGAGCAGACAUCCAUGCCUGGCCCCAGGGGCCUGGCCUCACCCACCGUCAUGCUGCUCGUGCCUCUCCUGCUGGCCUAAGUUUCUUAGUCUUGAGCUCACAGCCUGAGACUAGGAUGAGCAGAGACAGGAAUCUGAGAUGGGCACAAGCAUCGUGACUCUGGUGUCCUUAGGCAUGGACAGGGUAGAGAGGCAGUGGGGUCUCGGAGGAACACUGGGGGCCGGAGGAGGUUCCAGUGCGCAGGCGCGGGGAGGUUGGCCCCUGCCUCUCCUACCCUUGGAAUUGGAUCCUUGUUGACCUAUCCUGGGUGGAUCCUAGAUUCUGCAGGCCAUAGGGGGUCAGGUUGGAGGCUUCUGGGAUCUCGAGCAGUUGGAAGGUGGGAAGAACUGAGCCUGGCAGGUUGUGUAUUAACUCCCUCCCUGCCCUCCUGCAGUUUCCUUGAUUUAGCAGCCUUGAUCCAGACCAGCACCAGAAAGUGAGGGAUGCAGUGCUUUUGUGGGAGCUGUUCUCCACCCCUGUGGAGUCUGUGUGCCUCUCAGGGAUCCCAACCAAGGAACUGGCUGGUGUAGGCAGGAAGCUAGGUCUGGUCCUGGGGUGCAGGUAGGGUUAGGAACUCGAUGGCCAUUCUGGCCCUUUGAGUGGAGCGGGGAAAAGUUUUGGGGUGCCAGACAAAACAGGUUUGGAAAGGCAUUGCUGGGGUGCUUCUGGGGCCUUUCUGCCUUGGGGCUUUUGCUGCGCUGUGUCCCAGGAGCAGGUGACAGGUGUGACAGACCAGAUGUAUUGCUCUGCGAGGCAGUGGGCCUUCCUCAGGAUUGAGGUGAGGGCCUAAACAGACUUGGGCUUUUCUUUCCCUUUAAGAUGCUUGCUCCCCGCCCCCUUUUCUUUUUGUUGCUUUAUCUUUAUUGUUCCGACUGCAUAUUAUGUACCUGGCUGUAAAUAAAGACUGAACCGUAAAGCUCUA